AUGGUCAAUUCAAGCGGCGAAGUUGCGGCAGGAGAGUCGACCGGGUCACCAGCCAAGUACAAGCGGAAGUUGACCGAGGCACGUCGCGAGCAGAACCGUCGGUCUCAGCGACUCUGGCGCGAGAAGCAGAAACAACGACGCGAAGAAGAGCUCAAAUCCAAAGUUCAAGAAGAGCUACAUAAGCUUGGAAGCCAACAGUCAUCGUAUGUACAGCGAGCAGAUGACGGGUCAACCUUGGUGGCCGGCCACGAUGCGAUUCGAGUACCCAGCUCUGGAAUCUCACAGCCUUGCGAUCCCCAGGUCCAGGAUCAAAAACCGAUGGAGACUUCGGGUUCCUCAUCAGACGAGGAGAUCUGUCUUCCAGAUCCAGUAUUGCCUCUCACCACGGCUUUGUACUACUUCCUACCGCCUGACCCGCAGGCGGUAGAUAUGCGAUGUUUCUGGGGUUGUCCUCCAGGAAUCGAGCACAACUUAUAUCAACCUCCACAACCGUCUCGGCGGCCUCGAGUAGUCUCGACAGAACCUCCUUCGACUACCUCUCCAUAUUCCAUUCCGACCCUUGUCUCGUCGUGGAACGCAUCUCCACCGUCCGCGCAAGGGGAGUCCCGUACUACCACCCUUGCGCCACCGUCUUCCUUCUCCUCCGGGUCACACUUGCCAUCGCCAUACAUCAAUCACCUCCAGCUGGUCGGGGAGUCCUGCUUCGCCGCAACGCUCUCCAUCGCCACAGGUCUGGGGAUCAGCAGAGCUUCGUACGUCAAUGACCAUCCGUCCCCCUUCUCAACCUCGUCUACUGCCGACAUCCACACCAUCCCCGCCGACCUCCGACCGACGGCCAUUCAGAUCAUGCUCCCACAUCCGUGCUACCUGGAUUGCAUUCCAUUCCCGCACUUUCGAAGCAUGGCGGUAUAUCUGUCCAGUCUCAAUCGCCUGGACCAUUGCAGCUUGUUCUUGGACAUAAUGCACGACGGAAUGGUCUGCUGGGGCCGACGCGGCGCCAACGCCCAAUACGGUAGGAGCAUGCGCGACAGCGUACCGUGGAGCAAACGAAGUUGGGAAGUCAAACCAUGGUUUCUCCGGAAAUGGGCCUGGAUCGCGAAAGCGGACAUACCUGCCAUCGACAGCGGUGACGCGUUGCAACACGCCAGCGAAGUCGGUUCUGUUGGUAAUGACGAUGACGACGAGGAUGGCAUGAUCAGUGGAAGUCAGUGGUGGUGGUCAUUGCACGGUGGGAACAAAGAAGACCACCAGGACAACCUGAAUCGAAAUGUUGUCGAGGGCUCGAAGCAACAGUCGCGGCAGCAGCAGCCACAGCAGGAAGAACUGGGCAGCUAUCUCAGUCGAAUCUUGACCUGCAAUGUCGCCAUUCGACAAACGAAUGAGAAACAUCUGCUCAGGAAAUGGGACGGUGUACACGACAACGACUACUACGCAGACCCUUUAAGUAACGAUUGAUUCAUGAGGUACUUGUUGAGAUAUCAUUUGACAACGUUGGCAUCUGACCCUUUGCGGGUGGACUGUAUCUGUAGCCGGAAAACCCUCCGUCCUAGUGCUGGAUACGCAUAAGAGUACCUG